UGACCUACAAUUCGACCCCAUCGUGGGUUGAUGACCUGUAGUAACCUUAAGCAUCACGUGAAAGAAAAAAUGGCGGCAUCCAGGCAGGCAAGGAGAUUGUACACCUGUUUGUCAAGGUUUUCCUGUGCCUUGUUCGUCUUUGCAUCACUAGCUGUUGGAAAGGAGUCCUUCAGUAGACAGGUGUCCAUGCACUAUAACCCAGGAUGCAACAUCACUGAGUGCCAGUCCUCCCCAUCCAAUGACAACGACACGCACAACAACCUUGUCCACAUUCUCGCAAGGGGCAGCAGAGACUCGAUUCAUUACGUAUGGAGUACGAUAGGAGCGCCCACCGUACUUAUGGUCCACACCACAUCUAAGGAGUCCGAGCUUAAAGUUGACUGGGAAAAACUGUUAACAACAAACGGAGAUAAUAGUGGAGCAAUAACAUUUGAACCCAGCAAUGAAGUAGACUUCUCCAUGGCUGUGAUGUUUAACAAGAUUUGGGAAUAUGAAGACCUUCAUGACAAAUCAGAGCUCCCAGAAGAUGACACAGAAAUGUUCGAACCAUACGACCUGAGUCAGAUGAGGUGGGGUGACUUUAACCUCACCAUGAACACUACAGGCCUCACAGGCAACUUUACAGGAGCAACAACACAGUCAGACAUGGAGUCCCUGUUCCAGAAUGGCAGCAUUUCAUUCAGGAUUCAUGCCUUCAAGACAGAUGACCGAUCAGCAGACCUUCCCCACCUUCAGUACACAUCAAACCAGACGCAGUUUGACUUCACCAUAGACUCUGUGGAACCUCGCGGCAACAUGUCACGCUACGCCAUGGAACUGAUGCUCCUUACAGAGGACAAGCAUCUUGACUUGAAAAAAAUGAAGUCAAUAGAUGAUGAAUACACUCCUGGUGUGUUUGAGUUGUUUGAACUGACCAUGACACACAGUGACCAGACUGACAGCUAUGUACAGUGGAAGCCUGUCUGUUACACAAAAAGCACCAGGUCCAUGGCAGUUGCCACACCCACAAAAACCUACAAGCUCAAGGACCUUGACACCACGAGCAUACCAGCUGACACGAUUGCAAGAGCAUACUUCACCAACUUGGACAGGUUACAGAGAAAAGCAUUAAAUGUGUCCUUUGGACUAACCGGUGACGGAUCCUAUGUUGCUUCCAACUUUACAAGUUGGACUGCAUCUGUGGGAUAUGGCGAGCCUCCAUCUGAAAGGCUGUCCCUCCUGAUUAUCAUUGUGAUUUCGACAGGACUGGGUAUCCCUGUGGUCAUCAUCAUGUUUGGUGGACUGUUCAUUUGCUGCAGGCAGAAGGACGGUGACAAAGGGAAAAAAGAAAUCAUGGAUGAGUAUCCUACAGUAAACGGAGGUGAAACAGAUGCUAUCAAUUAGGAUCCAACUAGUGCAAAUUAUUCAGAACAUGGACGAGAACGUCCAUUUAUGCCAUUCUGUAAAAUUUGAAAAAUGAUACAGAUACUAUCAGAAACUAAGGUAAUGACAAAGCGGAGUAAGCCUGUGCCAGGAAAAAAAGACAGGACAGUGUUAGAUUAGUACAUUACCUCAUGGUCAAGUCCCCCCUAGGAAUACAUCAAUGACUAAAUUAUUCUCUCAAUGCUGCAUUCUUAAGGCUUUGUAUUGUGCAUGUGAUCACAGGAGAGCUGGUCCUUUUUGCAAAUUAAAUGCAAUAUUUCCUGAGGUUAUACUUUAUACUAGUAGGCCAUGUGGUAUCAAUGAAAGAAAUGUAGUUAGCUAGACAAGGGAUUAAAAUGUUAAAGAUCUGGUCCCGGACUAAGUACUGGGAAAGGCUUAAAAGUCUACCUGUAAACGUGUAAAUCUUUCCUCACUCCAUCCAGGUGUAAAUGAGUAUCUGACUUGGCGUCUUCCUUUACCUUUGCAAUUACAUUGUACAAAUUACUUGUUAUGAAAUUUAAUGGCUUAAGUUUGGAAUUCAUAACUUCAACCUAAUUUAUCUACAGGUUGGGAUUUAGUAUGGAGCUUGGGAAAUAAUAUGUACAUGUACUUGUGCUCUCAGUCUCUCAUCUUCUUUACCAUUGUAGCUAUCAUGUUGGAUUGAAUGUACAGUGUGUUGAAGACAAUGUCAACAUGUACUUAUAUCUGUAUAAUUUGGCCUUCGGUGUACAAAAUAUCCGUUAUUGUGGAUUUGGGCUAUUUGGGCUAGUUGUGAGCAGUAGCUGAAUUAUGUGCCAAAGGUGAGAAAGGAAAUACAUGCAAAUCAUUUACCAUAUCCUGUUUUUGUUUAAAUUUUUUUUUUUUUAUUCAAAGGUUACAUGGAACAUUGAAUUCUGCUAGCUGUAGGUCCUACCCGAUCUGUAAAAAACAGAUAGUAGAGUUGUACAUCUACUCUCAUGUUAGCAACAAACAAGCGAUAAACAAAUUGAAAUAAAUAUAACAGCCAGAAAGGAAAGAAAAAUCAAUGGAAACAUAAUACAUGUAAUGUAUCUUCUAUAAUGUCAAAGCAAUCCAUUAUGGCUGUUCAUUAUGUCAAAGUUAAAAGGAAAUUCGGUCCACACAGAGGUAUCAAUCAUACUUGUUUUUACUUCAAUACAAAUAAAAACAAAUACAUUCUAUAGUUUGUAGUUUCUCUGGGCUGCUAUCCCUCUACUAUUCCUUACAAGUAGCUUCUUGUUAUACACCUGUUAACACACAGGUAGUAAUACCGACAUGCUCAUAUCAGGCUCAAGGUUGUACUUUCUAGCACACAUUUUAUCUCUCUGCUUAUUCAUUUCCCAGUUUGUCAUCUAAGAAGAAAUAAUGACUUUCUAUGAGAUAAUCACAAUAAAAAGACAAAGGGUACUACACACUAUUGAUAAGUUUCAUACAAAAUGUUCUUCAAGGACGCUCAUGCAUGCAGCUUGUAAGAGCCUGUUGAACCCUCUCUCUUUUAAUCAUGUAUGCUGGAACAAAUACAAAA